AUUCUGCCUCCUACAUGCCCUCCCAACUUCAUCGCUAAAGGAGCACAGGUACUUUUGUCCAUGGGAAUAAGAAGUAAUGGACUGCCCCCCUGACGGAAAACUACCAAACGUACUGUGUCUGUGAACAGGAGAGUCAGGACAAUAAAGUCCUUUCGGUCAUCAAGCACUGAAGUGGACCAGCGCAGAAAUUUUGGAGCGGCCCCAGAGCCUCCGGCUACACACACAGCGGAUCAGCUCAUCUGAUGGUCUUCACUUUAUCUCAGCCCGGUUUAAAGGGAUCCGAUUCCGUGGCGAAAUGCCUCCCAAAGACCCACAGCUGACCGGACUACAAGCACUGACUGCAGCUAAAUGAGAUUCUAGAAUGGAAAUGUUGCGGAGGGGAAACCUGAGGAGAGGAGUGGGACUUUGUCUUCUGCUGCUGGCUCUCGUGCACGAGGCCACGGGCCAGAGAAGAAAGACAGGACGCAGGAACAACUACAGGCUGCAUGAUGAUGGAGGAAAUGGUCUGACAUGUUCACUGGAGGUGGCCUUCAUUCUGGACAGCUCUGAGAGUGCAAAAAUAUUCCUGUUUGAGAAACAGAAGGCCUUCGUCUUGAGCUUCAGCACACGGCUUGCCCAGCUGCAGGUAGCUGGCUGGACAGUGAAGAUGCGAAUGGCUGCUCUUCAGUACAGCAGCUCCGUGUCCCUAGAGCACAGAUUCUCAGCCUGGAAAGACCUGGAUUCAUUCCACGGUCAAGUCAGCACCAUGAACUACAUCGGCCAUGGCACCUACACCACCUACGCCAUCACCAACGCCACUCAGCUGCUGGUGCAGGAGACGCCGGCGGACAGCGUCAGGGUUGUCGUGCUUAUGACAGACGGGGUCGACCAUCCCCGCAACCCUGAUGUGAUCGCGGCUGCAGCAGAGGCCAAAGGUCAUGGCAUAAAGUUCUUUGCUGUAGGGUUGUCACACAUCGCCCAGCAGAGUCAGAAUAACGCCAAGCUCCGGGCCAUUGCCAGUACACCCGCUCAGCAGUUUGUCCAAAGUCUUCUUGACCCUCAGCUGGAAGAGAAACUGCUCAAAGAGAUGGCUGCAGUUGCAUUUGAGGGGUGUCCAAAAGCCCAAGUAUGUUUGUGUGAAAGAGGAGAGAGAGGCCCUCCGGGAAGCCAAGGUAGAAAAGGAGACCAAGGCUUCACAGGGCCACCUGGUCUAAAAGGAUCGAGGGGGGAGCCUGGCUUGAAUGGUCGACCUGGAAAUGAUGGUCCAGAGGGUCGUCCAGGUUACAAGGGCAACAAGGGGGAGAGAGGAGACUGUGGCACUCCAGGGGAAAAGGGUGACUCUGGACCUGAGGGACCUCCAGGCCCACGAGGCCCACAAGGAGAACAGGGAUCACUGGGACCACCAGGAGAUAUGGGUCCUGAGGGCCCAGCAGGACCUAAAGGAGACCGAGGACCCAGCGGUGUUCCUGGACCAUCAGGGGAAAUUGGCAUUGGAUUCCCAGGAGCUAAGGGUGAAAAAGGUAUUCAGGGAAGAUCAGGUCCCCCAGGUCCAGUUGGAAUAGGAGAACCAGGACUACCAGGUCCUCCAGGACCACCUGGGACACAGGGAACCCCUGGACCGCCUGGAGAGGGGUUUCCAGGACCGAAGGGUGAUCGAGGCUACGACGGUCCAAGGGGCAAUCGUGGGCUUCCUGGUGUCGGGGUCAAAGGUGACAAGGGCAAUCUUGGACCACCUGGGAUUACAGGUCCACCUGGUGCUCCUGGGACAGGACUUCAAGGAGAAAAGGGCGAUCAAGGCCCAAUCGGACCUGCAGGACCCAGAGGAGCUCCAGGUAUCGGCAUAACAGGACCCAAGGGGAAUCAGGGCCCCACAGGUGAGCCUGGACUGCCAGGUGAGAGAGGAGUGGGAGAACCAGGACCCAAAGGUGACCCAGGUGCUGAGGGGUUACCAGGUAUACCAGGUCAACCAGGAGAGGAUGGAGUCCCGGGACAAAAGGGUGACAUUGGGUUACCGGGUCCCAGAGGACCUGACGGGGCUCCUGGUAAAGGUGCUCCUGGAGUGAAGGGAGACAGAGGGGACAGGGGGACCAGGGGCAUGCCAGGUGCAGUCGGUCCUGUGGGGCCAAUGGGGGCAAAGGGGGAACCAGGAAUUAUGGGGCCACCAGGUACAACUGGACCACCGGGGAGAGGUAUACCUGGUGCUAAGGGAGAACCAGGUCCACAAGGUCCAGCUGGAGCUGUGGGAGAGCAGGGGAUAGGUUUACCUGGGCCUAAGGGUGACAGAGGGGCACCAGGACCUGCUGGUCCACCUGGACUGAAAGGUGAAGGCUUCCCCGGCGCUCCAGGACUUCCGGGGCCUCCUGGAUUGACAGGAGAGACCGGACCAGAAGGUGUUGGUUUACCUGGACCAAAGGGGGACAGAGGCUUGCCUGGACCUCCUGGGCCUGCAGGGCCACCAGGCAUCGGUCUGAUGGGUGCUAAGGGGGCAGCCGGCCAAAUGGGGCCACCUGGUUCACAGGGGUUACCUGGGGAGGGCAUUCAAGGAUCAAAGGGGGAGCCUGGAUUUCAGGGGAUCCCCGGCCCCAGAGGUCCUCCUGGACAAGGUCUGCAGGGGGACAAGGGGGAGCGAGGGUUCAGAGGUGAGAAGGGCAAAAAGGGAGACAGAGGAGAACCUGGAGAGCCAGGAACCAUCGGACCUCUGGGUAGAGUGGGACAGAAGGGAGAGCCCGGACUCACAAGAGAUGAAAUCAUCAAAAUUGUGAGAUCCAUAUGCAGUUGUGGGGUGACCUGCCGUCAAACCCCAUUGGAGCUCGUGUUUGUGAUCGACAGCUCAGAGAGCGUCGGCCCUGAUAACUUCAACGUGAUCAAGGACUUUGUGAACGCCCUGAUUGACCGAGCCUCGGUCAGCCGAGACACCACACGGGUCGGCGUGGUCCUCUACAGCCACAUCAACGUGGUGGUGGUCAGCCUCAGGCAGGAGGCCACCCGUGACGAGAUCAAGUCUGCGGUGCGCUCCAUGACCUACCUGGGCGAGGGUACGUUCACCGGCAGCGCCAUCCAACAGGCCAGCCAGGUGUUCAAGGCGGCACGGGCAGGUGUGAGGAAGGUGGCCAUCAUCAUCACAGAUGGGCAGGCCGAUAAGAGGGACUCGGUCAGCCUGGAGAACGCCGUGAUGGAGGCUCAGGGAAGCAACAUCGAGAUGUUUGUGAUCGGGGUGGUGAAUGAGAGCGAUCCUCUGUAUGAGGAGUUCAAGAAGGAGCUCAGCCUCAUGGCCUCUGACCCCGACAGCGAACACGUCUACCUGAUUGAUGAAUUUAAAACACUUCCAGCUCUUGAGAGAAAGCUGCUGAGUCGCAUCUGUGAGAAUGGAGAAAGACAUUUGUUCAGCUCCGUCCCGAGCUCCAGACUUCCUCCAGGAAUCCCCGAGGUCUCCGGCAACGUCCGGGAACCCCCGUACAGGACGGACACAGACACGCCCACCUUCACAGGAGACUUCAGGAGAGUUCAGAUAGUGCCCGGCCCUCCAGGCUCUCCCCUGGACAGAGAACCCAUCAUCCCGCAGAGAUCCAAGCCGGAUGACAGAACCUCCACAGAGGCUCAGAGAUUUCCAUUCUUUGACUGGGAACCCUUCAGACCCGUAACAGAGUUCCUGCCAAAGUUUGAGGUAAAGAAACCCUCACUCCACGGUAUGGUGAUGACCGGGGCCAUCGGGCCAGCUGGUCCCACUCUGAGGGCCCCGCUGGAGAGGAGGACACCACCACCAACUCCACCGACUCCCCCGACUCCCCCGCUGCUGCACUCUGAUGCCUACACAUCAGCAGAGCGGUGCAGCCAGACCUUGGAUCCAGGACCGUGUCGUGAUUACGUGGUGAAGUGGUACUACGACGCCACAGCCAACUCCUGCGCUCAGUUCUGGUUCGGAGGCUGUCUGGGAAACAGCAACCGGUUUGAGACUGAGAAGAGCUGCAGAGAAACCUGCGUCAAGACCUAACAUAGUCACAAUGAUAUGCAUUCAGAAAAGCUCACAUUACUUUGUCACAAAGUUAAACUUAAACUUCAGUGCAUUAGUAUUUUUCUUAUAGCUACGACAAGUUUAGGGAAAUAAAAAGGAAAUGGUUUACAAGCAUCAUUAAAACAAAAUUAGCCUAAGAUGGAGUUUUAGUUUUUAAAAUGUUCAGUAUUUUUUUUCUGUUGGUCAAAAGACUUUAUGUAUUAAUUGUGUGAACCAAGCAAAGAAACAAAUGUCUGUGAUGUUACUGACACACUGUUGAGCAGUUCUGUAAAAUAAAACUUUUUAGCCACUAACAUUUCUAUUCAGAAAAGUAACCCUUUUGUAUAAUUCAAUGUAUUUUUUUAAUGUUUAUGUUUUUUAAUACUGUGUAAUGUCAUUAAAGAAAAUAAACUAAGCAAAUAAACUUUUUAAUCACAGGCACUGGA